UGCACGCGUCCCUCCCUCGCUCCGGCCCCAAGCAGCAUCAUGGCUGCUGCGAAGAUUCUCUUCUUGCUGUGUGUGAUUUGGUUGGCAGCAGCAGAUGUAGCAGUGGAAUUGAGCUGUGCUAAAGACCAGAUUUCCGAGGUGACCAAUGGACACAUCAAGUGUACGCUCAGCCGUUGCAAGAUCAUGUGCAAUUCAGGAUACAAACUUAAAGGAGGCAAGUCCAAGAUCUACAUCACGUGCAGUCAAGACACGGGUCAGUUUACAUACUCCGGCAGACCUUGGCGUCAGUCCGCUCCGAACUGUAUCCCUCACUGCAAGAAAGGGUGCCAGAAUGGUGGCACUUGCGUAUCUCCGAACCAGUGCCUGUGUAGCCCUGCGUACAGGGGCAAGAACUGCGAGGCGAGAGAGUGCCCUGAGCCUUCAUUCCCGGACGCACAGGCUAACUUUACCCGCACUGACGACGAUGAACUUCUAGUGAAGUGCCACGAAGGAUACGUUCUUCCCCCGGGCACGGCGCCUGGAGGAGUGGCAUUCUGCAGGGAAGGUGCCUGGGAGCUCCCACACAACUUUAGGUGUCAGCAUGAAUGUGGCAACCUCGUCUGCCAAAAUGGCGGCAGUUGCGUUGCACCGGGGCAUUGCAACUGCGCGCCGGGCUUCACAGGAGAAAACUGCGAGAGGCAUACUUGCCCGGACAUACUGGCACUCAAUGGAAACAUCGUCGUCACUCCAGUAAGCCUGGAGGUAAAGUGCCAUGAAGGGUACACACUCAAGUCAGGAAAAGACGCGAUGGUAGCGAAGUGCCAAGCUGGUGAAUGGACAGUGCCACCUGAAGACUUACAAAGUGACACAAUUGCAUGUAUCCGUGACUGCGGCAACCUCGGCUGCCAGAACGGCGGCAGUUGCGUUGCACCGGGGCAUUGCAACUGCGCGCCGGGUUUCACAGGAGAAAACUGCGAGAGGCAUACUUGCCCGGACAUACUGGCACUCAAUGGAAACAUCGUCGUCACUCCAGUAAGCCUGGAGGUAAAGUGCCAUGAAGGGUACACACUCAAGUCAGGAAAAGACGCGAUGGUAGCGAAGUGCCAAGCUGGUGAAUGGACAGUGCCACCUGAAGACUUACAAGGCAACACAGUUACAUGUAUCCCUAACUGCAUAAAUGGGUGCCAGAAUGGAGGCACUUGCAUAGCUCCGAGCCAGUGCCAGUGUAGCGCUGGGUACAAGGGCAAGAACUGCGAGGCGAGAGAGUGCCCUGAGCCUUCAUUCCCGGACGCACAGGCUAGCUUUGCACGCACCGACGACGACGAACUGCGAGUGGAGUGCCACGAAGGAUACGUUCCUCCCCCGGGUACGGCGCCUGGAGAAUUGGCACUCUGCAAGGACGGAGCCUGGGACCUCCCGGACGACUUCAAGUGUCAGCCUAACUGCAUAAAUGGGUGCCAGAAUGGAGGCACUUGCAUAGCUCCGAGCCAGUGCCAGUGUAGCCCUGGGUACAAGGGCAAGAGCUGCGAGGCGAGAGAGUGCCCUGAGCCUUCAUUCCCUGACGCACAGGCUAGCUUUGCACGCACCGACGACGACAAACUGCGAGUGGAGUGCCACGAAGGAUACGUUCCUCCCCCGGGCACGGUGCCUGGAGGAGUGGCACUCUGCAAGGACGGGGCCUGGGACCUCCCGGACGACUUCAAGUGUCAGCCUAACUGUGUAAAUGGGUGCCAGAAUGGAGGCACUUGCAUAGCUCCGAGCCAGUGCCAGUGUAGCCCUGGGUACAAGGGCAAGAACUGCGAGGCGAGAGAGUGCCCUGAGCCUUCAUUCCCGGACGCACAGGCUAGCUUUGCACGCACCGACGACGACAAACUGCGAGUGGAGUGCCACGAAGGAUACGUUCCUCCCCCGGGCACGGUGCCUGGAGGAGUGGCACUCUGCAAGGACGGGGCCUGGGACCUCCCGGACGACUUCAAGUGUCAGCCAAACUGCAUAAAUGGGUGCCAGAAUGGAGGCACUUGCAUAGCUCCAAGUCAGUGCCAGUGUAGCCCUGGGUACAAGGGCAAGAGCUGCGAGGCGAGAGAGUGCCCUGAGCCUUCAUUCCCGGACGCACAGGCUAGCUUUGCACGCACCGACGACGACGAACUGCGAGUGGAGUGCCACGAAGGAUACGUUCCUCCCCCGGGCACGGUGCCUGGAGGAGUGGCACUCUGCAAGGACGGGGCCUGGGACCUCCCGGACGACUUCAAGUGUCAGCCUAACUGUGUAAAUGGGUGCCAGAAUGGAGGCACUUGCAUAGCUCCGAACCAGUGCCAGUGUAGCCCUGGGUACAAGGGCAAGAACUGCGAGGCGAGAGAGUGCCCUGAGCCUUCAUUCCCGGACGCACAGGCUAGCUUUGCACGCACCGACGACGACAAACUGCGAGUGGAGUGCCACGCAGGAUACGUUCUUCCCCCUGGCACGGUGCCUGGAGGAGUGGCACUCUGCAAGGACGGGGCCUGGGACCUCCCGGACGACUUCAAGUGUCAGACUAACUGCAUAAAUGGGUGCCAGAAUGGAGGCACUUGCAUAGCUCCGAGCCAGUGCCAGUGUAGCCCUGGGUACAAGGGCAAGAACUGCGAGGCGAGAGAGUGCCCUGAGCCUUCAUUCCCUGACGCACAGGCUAGCUUUGCACGCACCGACGACGACGAACUGCGAGUGGAGUGCCACGAAGGAUACGUUCUUCCCCCUGGCACGGUGCCUGGAGGAGUGGCACUCUGCAAGGACGGGGCCUGGGACCUCCCGGACGACUUCAAGUGUCAGCCAUCCUGUGAGCGCCCGGGUUGUCAAAAUGGUGGACGAUGCGUGGCACCGAACCAGUGCCAGUGUGAAGACCAGUUCACGGGCGAACGCUGCCAGGUGCGACGUUGUGAAAAGCUCAAGGUUAGGGCCAUCAGUGCCAAUCUGACAAUUAAUGAUACGCACCUGACAGCAGAGUGCGAAUCCGGAUAUGCGUUUCCACACGGUGGCACUGUGUCAACGCUGCAUUGCCAGGACGGAGAGUGGCACUCUGAAGAGCGAGUCGUCGCUGACAACAGCACUCUGGAGUGUACCUUUCAGGAAACGCCGUGUUAUUACCCGUCAAAGACCUUCAACAACACGAUCAUGGAAGGAGAUCUUUUCAGCCACUCGCUCAGGUGUCCGCGAGGGUUCCGGAUGAGGGACGGCAGGGCCGGCGUCGCCCUCGUGUGCCUCGAGGCCGAGUGGACCGUCCGGGGGGAAGGCCCCAUGGCGGACCUCGACCUCAACUGCUAUCAAAACUCUCCUCCUCAUGGUGUUCGCGGCGGCGGGGAUUUGCCUCGCUCAGGAGGGUGUCCCCUGCGAUCAGAGCAUUUCUGACCAGUGCCCCUCUGAGGACGGGCAGCUGCCGACCUAUUUCCCUGACCCUGACGACUGCGCCAGUUAUUGCGAAUGCUCAGGAGGCACCGCGUGGCACUUUGAGUGUGGUCCGGGAACCCUUUGGAAUGUGGAGGGCAGCUUGUGCGACUGGGCUGACACUGUGGACUGCGGCGCGCGCCCUCGCCCCACGGAGGCCUCGCCGGAUGAAUAGAUUGCAGCUUUGGCAGAUGAUGACAUUAAGAAAUCGACAAAUUGCAAGAGAAAAUUAUGAGUCACUGCAUUUAUGUAUUCUCCGAAUAAUGUAGUGCAUUGCCAAAUGACACCUUUGAAAAAAUACAAUACAAAAAUAUA